AUGUCAGAAAUGUCAUCAGCAAUGUCAUUAUGUUCUGAGAAGGAGAAGUUAACACUUUGGAUUCUUGUUGAAGGCAGUCCGAGACCUACACAAUUUCCUGUUGAAUGGAACACUUCACCACCAAACUUGGACAAUCUUGCACAUAAACUUUGUAAAGAGAAAGACACUUUCGAAAAAAUCAAACCAAGUUUCCUUGAAUCCUUUAACCAUGAUGACAGAAUCAACUCCCUCCAAGCUGAUAUUCUUGUCACGAAUUUGAACACAACUGCCACAAGUCCUUUGGUUAUACGUUACCCACUCUCUAAUAAUAUAGCUAAUCAUAGUAAUGGUUUAGAUGUUAAAGUUCUUGUUACUUUUACGGGUACUGCAGGAUUAUUUUCACCUUCUGUUAUUGAUGCAAGGGUUGGAGAUAAUAUAAUAUUUGAAAAAAAUGAAUUCUCUACCGGAGGUGCACGAAUUGUUGAAGCUGUUAAGGACGGGUCUUCUUGUACAAAAUCUACAGAGCCUGUUGCUGCAGAAUUAACAGAUGCCAACCCAAAAGCUACAUUAAAACUUACAAAGCCUGGUGUACUUCGUUUAUUUGAUGAAGUCAGUGAAAGGUGUAAAAAUGAUGGUCGGUGUGAAAUUAAUGUCAGUAGUGAUGGAACU